CGUUAGUAGUGUUGCCAACUUAUGCACCACAUCCAGCAUAGAAAAGGCGGAUUAUUUUCUUUUUCCCUCGCGUUCAGACUAUAAUGGCGGCCUCCAAGAACGCCGUCGUGCUCGUUUUUCCCGGAGCAGAGGGCCCCCAAGCCGAGAAAACACCGCAAACGCCGACGCCGUGUAAACUCCCUCAGCAGGGAGGAAGAAACCCCUGAGCGAGCGGAAGAGGAGCCCCUGCGAGGUUGCCAGAUUGGCAGCAGAUCCCCGAGUUAUGCGAGCUAAUUUUAACGUCAAAGGGAAAUUACUACACCGGACAGGCGGACCUCAUUUAGACAAGAUAGCAUUCUUGUGACUUAUUUUAGCUGAAUUAAAUGGAAUGAAUAAGCUGAAUGAGGUGUGGAGGGUUGCUUGUGAUCUGGCAACCCUGCUGAAGACGCAGUAGCAGCUCUGUGUUGUCUGGCAUUCAUGAGCAUGCCAACGAAAAAAAAAAAAAAAACCGGACUUGCCCAGCAGCAGCAGCAGCAGAAGGAGCAUAUGAGGGUUUGCAAACAGAGCCUAGCCUUAUAUGCAUAACUAUAUCACGUCUUGAUGGCAUUCUGCAAAGGACUGAACACGGUUAUGAAGAAGGAUAUUGGUUUGAUAUUUGUUGUUGUUGUUGCUUUUUGGUGCUGCGUUGAAGUGAAAGUACGGGCCUGAGGAAAACUUUCCAUCCUAGUGUGGAAACAUUAUUGAACAUGGCUUUGACGUUUCGCUCCGUCCUGUUUUUUUUUCUUCACUCAAAAAAAGUGAAAUGCGCUUAAAUUCGAGUAAGUCUCAUUAAAAGAGAAGAGCAGAGGUCGGAAAGACAAAGCUGUUGGAUAGUUAGGAGUAUAAAAAUAAGUUUGUCAGUGUGUUUGGGUCGGUGUCAUGUAGGCUAACGCGCUUCAGUUUACCUCAGUGUUAUUUUGGUAUUUUUGUCGCGUGCCAGAUGUGCGCGAGACCCGCGAUUAGCCUCCAUGCUAAAACCGACUGUCGUUUUUUUUUCGCCUCUUUAAAACCGUCGUCUGUUUUUUUUUUUUUUUUUUUUUUUUUACACGUCAAUUUUAUUUUAGGAUUUUUUUUUUUUAACUCGUAACCCAUUUUGAAGGCAGUCUGAGGAUUCUUGUUUAAAGCUGAACCGUUUAUUUAUUUAUUUUUCUUUUUUUUUUUUUCUUUUUUUUUUUUUUUGGAGAAAGCGGGAAUAUUAACGGCUGAUAUCCGGAGAGGGAGUUCAGGAAAGGACGCGGCUCCUCGGUGGGAAACAGGCCCCUCUGCCUUCCACCCCAACAGAAAUGGCUAAAACAGGCUCAGGCUUGGAGACGAGGGAAACAAGCGAGCAGAAAUGCCUCCAUGUUCAGCUUGUGCUUGGCUUUUUACACGGCUGUCCUGUUUAAAACCCCGCUGUCACCACGGAGACAUGAUAUGGGAUUAAGGUUGGUCAAAAUUCCUUUAAAAAAAGACUGAAGAAGACGAAGAAAAAUUAUUACAUUUAUAGAUAUUUUCCAAGGCUAGUUUUUUUUUGUUCCCCUCAGAAAUGACACAAAUUAUGUAUAAUGUAUUAUUUACAUCCAAACUGGUGUAAACGCUAAAUAUGAAAAAGCACACUUAUUUUACGGCGUUUCACACAGAAAGUGGAACGUGAAAUUCCGACAUACAUCGAAAGGAUUUCAUAAAAAUUAAAAAAAGAACAAAUUAAGAAGGUUUUUAUAUAUUUUUUUGCGUUAUUUUUGAGCGUAUGGAUUAAACACAGGGACGAUGUGUUUUGAUGAGAAGGCCGGAGCGGAUUCACGGCGCGCGAGCCUGGCGGAGGAAAAGUGCACGCGAAGUGCCUCAGCGCCACCGAGCCUGAUGGGAUCCGAGUGCUGACGUCAUCCACGCCUGGAUAAUGGACUGCUCAAGAGUCUGAGACGGUCCAUCACACACACACACACACACACACACACACGAGAGAGAGAGAGAGCACGGAAAGACGUCUGUUCUGGGGCUGUAUUUGCUCGGAUCAUUUUGAAUCUGUUUUUCUUUCCAUCGUCACUAAAUCCCCUUCCUCCCCCCCCCCUCAACCUCCCCCCCCCUCAACCUCCCUCUCUUUCAUUUCCUUGAUUAUGUGACAGCCUUGUCAGCGAGCACUUGUUGUCAUGGCAUCCCCACAACAGCAACAUCAGCAGCAGCGGUCAGUGAAAAACACAGAGGUUAGUUGUGACAGCGGAGGAGGAGGUGUGAACGUCCGCAUUAGCGACACUCACUUGCAGAAGCGGGUUUCCGUGGAACAAGAGCCUUCGAGCUGGGGCGAAAGCGUUAGCGAGCAGGGCCCGACGGGAAGCGCCAAGCCCUCCAAAUACAGCAUCUCGUCCAGCUGCAGCUCGGGCGAAUCCGGGAUCCGCAGAACGGUGAUGAGCAGCCUGCGCGGCCAGCGGACGGUUCCGCAGCUCUUCGAGAGGUCAGCGGCGCAGUGCUGGGACCCCAAGUUUGACUCCGCCACGCUGGAGGAGGCGUGCAGGGAGCGGUGCUUCCCGCAGACGCAGAGGCGCUUCCGCUACGUGCUUUUUUACCUGGCCAUAGCCGCGCUGCUGUGGGGCGUGUACUUUGGAGUCAAGAGUCCCAGUUGCAAGCCUGCCAGCUUCUUGCUUCCGACAGCGACCUUCCUCGUCCUGUGUCUCCUCCUCCUUCUGUUCACCUUCUCGCGCCCCUACGUGUGGCUCUAUAACCAGGCCUCGCUGCUUCUUAUUAUCAUCACGAUUUGUAUCACUCUGGCGCCGCAGAUGCAGGCUUCUGGAUUCGCUCGCUUCGAGUGGCAGAGAGGCGACAAUCGGACACUAUGGGAGCCUUCGGCUCCGUGUAUCUCUCCUGUGGGGACGUUUUCUCUGUGCAUGGAAGUGCUGCUGUUGCUCUACAGCAUGCUCCACCUGCGGCUCUACGCCUCGGUGCUACUGGGGCUCCUGUACUCUGUGCUUUUCGAGACGCUCGGAUGGCUACACCUGGCCCAGGUGGACGGUCAAGACAUGGGAAUGUGGUCCGACGGCGAAGCUCAGAGGUCAAGCCGAGAGACGUCGCUGCUGUGGCUGGCGCCCGGAAAAGUACUUCUCCACCUGUGCGCUCAUGCUAUCGGCAUACAUCUGUUCAUCAUGUCGGAGGUGCGUUCACGGAGCACCUUCCUGAAAGUGGGACAAGCUAUCAUGCACGGGAAGGAGCUGGAGGUGGAGAAGGCGCUGAAGGAGCGCAUGAUCCACUCGGUCAUGCCGAGCCGGGUGGCCGACGAGCUGAUGAAGCAGGGCGACGAGGAGAGCGAGAGCUCCGGCAAACGCUACAGUGCCGGGACUUGCUCGGCCUCGGCGUCUGGCGCCGGUGCCUCGUCCUCCAGCCCCAAGAACAACAAGCGCAAGAAGACGUCGAUCCCACGCGGCCAGAUCAUCUUUCGGCCCUUCAACAUGAAGCGCAUGGAGCCUGUUAGCAUCCUCUUCGCUGACAUCGUAGGCUUCACGAAGAUGAGCGCAAACAAGUCGGCGCCCGCCCUGGUGGGUUUGCUGAACGACCUGUUUGGCCGUUUCGACCGGCUGUGCGAGCUGACUCGCUGCGAGAAGAUCAGCACGCUGGGCGACUGCUAUUACUGCGUGGCAGGAUGCCCCGAGCCGCGCGAGGACCACGCCUACUGCUGUGUGGAGAUGGGACUCGGUAUGAUCCAGGCCAUUGAACAGUUUUGCCAGGAGACGUCUGAGACGGUGGACAUGCGCGUAGGCGUGCACACCGGCACCGUGCUCUGUGGCAUCCUGGGAAUGAAACGGUUCAAAUUUGACGUCUGGUCCAACGACGUUAACCUGGCUAACCUCAUGGAGCAGUUGGGCGUGGCUGGGAAGGUUCACCUGUCCGAGGCCACGGCGAGCUUUCUCGAUGACCGCUACGAGAGAGAGGACGGCAGAGUGAUGGAGCGCGCCGGGCAGAGCGUCACCGAGCAGCUGAAAGGCUUAAAGACGUAUCUAAUCUCGGGGAAGAAAAUGGGUUCACAAUGUGGCUGUUCUCAGAACAGUCUGGGACGAGACUUCAGUGAAACGCCAAGACCCUCCCCGCACACACACACUUCUGAACUCUCCCAUUCAGCUGUGGCUGACCACAUUAAGACUCCAUGCAUGUCCUGUACUGUAGUAGUGGAGGCUGCUGGGAAUUUGCUGCCUGAUGAGACGACACAAAAUGGCUGCCAGGAUGAAUACAAAGCCAACAGCAGCAAGUUCCCGAAAGCGGUGAACGGGCUUCUCAGUCCGCUGUGCGAGGAGGCUGUCCGGGCGAGCCAGGCCUCCCUGUGCGAGAUGCUGCAGAAGGAGAGGAGUCUGGGGGCGGGGUCGACAGGGGGAGGUGGCGCCGGGACCGGAGGAGGUGGAGCCAUGGACCACUCGGCAUUAAUUCCACUCCGCAGCAAAGGGUUCAGAGAGAAGAGCGACGUGCACUUUGUGGAAGUCAUUAAGGAGGACAGCUUGAUGAAAGAUUAUUUCUUCAAGCCGCCAAUCAACAAACUGAGCCUGAACUUCCUAGAGAAAUCUCUGGAGUCUGCCUAUCGUAAAAACUACCAGCAGGAGGUGAUAAGCCACACCCCCGUGCAGACGUUCGCCAGUCCUGUGUUUAGCUCUCUGCUGGACGUGCUGCUGUCGUGCGCCGUCUUCCUCGCACUCACGCUCGCCUGCUUCCUCUACCCGAUGGUUAAUAUGGAGAUGCCUCCUGCCACCACGGUCGGCCUGGCGGUGACCGCCGCUGUACUCGAGCUCGUGUCUCUCAUCCUGUCCAUUCGUAUGACCUUCUACCUGGACAACGUGUUCAGCUGCACUCAGUCACUUCUGAAGCUGGUGUCCGGCUGGGUGCCCCGUCACGUGGUCGGCGCUGUGCUCGUGUCACUUCCUGCCAUCUCGGUUUUCUCGCACCUGGCCUGCAGCCUCCACCUGCACAUUCAGGUAACGAUGUUCCUGUGCAGCGCCAUCAUCAUUGCCAUCAUCCAGUACUGCAAUUUCUGCCAGCUGAGUUUCUGGAUGCGCUCGGUUCUGGCCACCGCCGCUGGAGUGUCUCUGCUUGCUGUACUCUACAGUGCCCCCGCCAGGCCAAGCACCAGCAUCGGUUUUCCAGUGACUGGGAACAUGAGUAACAACAGUCUUGACGCAAGCUGGACAAGUAAAUUGAAUCCCACCAGCUCUAGACCAGCUCUAGACCUCCUGGUUCCAGAGAUGCUCUUGUCAUUCUUCCUGCUGCUGCUUCUUGUGUGGUUCCUGAACCGUGAGUUUGAGGUCAGCUACCGCCUGCACUACCAUGGCAACGUCGAGGCCGACAAGCACCGCAUCAAGAUCCAGACCAUGCGCGACCAGGCCGACUGGCUGCUGCGCAACAUCAUCCCCAUCCACGUGGCCGAACAGCUGAAAGUGACGCAGAGCUACUCCAAGGACCACGACAACGUCGGCGUGAUCUUUGCCAGCAUUGUGAACUUCAGCGAGUUCUACGAGGAGAGCUUCGAGGGUGGUAAAGAGUGUUACCGCGUGCUGAACGAGCUCAUCGGCGACUUCGAUGAGAUGCUGCGUAAGCCGGCGUUCUCCAGCGUGGAGAAGAUCAAGACCAUCGGUGCCACCUACAUGGCGGCGUCGGGGCUAAACGGACGGCAGUGCCGCGAUCAGACGCAUCCGCACGCUCACCUGCGCGCCCUUUUCGAAUUUGCGCUGGAGAUGAUGCGCGUAGUGGACGACUUCAACAAGAACAUGCUCGGCUUCCAGUUCAAGCUGCGCAUCGGCUUCAAUCACGGACCGCUGACCGCCGGCGUCAUUGGCACCACCAAGCUGCUUUAUGACAUCUGGGGCGACACGGUGAACAUCGCCAGCCGGAUGGACAGUACUGGUGUCGAGUGCCGCGUUCAGGUGAGUGAGGAGAGCCACGCCGUGCUUAGCGCGAUGGACUAUGCCUUUGAUUACCGCGGCACAGUUAACGUCAAAGGGAAGGGGCAGAUGAGGACCUAUCUGUACCCCAAACUUAACGAGAGCGGGUCCAAACAAUCCUCCGAGCCUCCGAGCAAGGAAGAGAAUACCAACAAACUGCCCAACAAGGCAUUCGCCGUGGCACCCAAUUCACCACCCGCGUCAUCGUCUGCAGCCAAUCACGGUCGUUCCUCUUCUUCCCCCAGUGCCUGUCGAAACAACCGCGGGGUGCCACAGGGACCUAGCGUAGGCCCGUCUAAUUUGUCAGAAGAAUGGCACAAAGACACUUUCAGAGACCCUUUGCUCACAGGCGAGUCUUCGGAGAGUUCUCCACCUGCACCAACUUUUGGUGGCGCACAGCCACCUUCAAUAGCACAGAUUAGCGCUCCGCUAGCCAGACCAGAGACACCUUUACGAGUUGCAGAACAGGAUGAGGAGGAAGAAGAAGAAGAGGCAAAUGAACGCUCAAGGCUCCGAGUGGGAGAGAGGCUUUAAUCUGCCCCCUGAAGCUGCUGAUCUUCACUGUCUAUCUGCCUCACUUCUCUCUUUUCUGGGGCAUGAGGGUAUAUAUUUCACUGAGGUUCACCUCCUGAGGUGCCUUAAUAAUCAACAGUAGAUGUAGGAGACCAGUCUGUUUGGUCUCGUCCUUAAAGAACCCUAUAAUGUUAAACUAAAGAAGGUUGUUUAGGGGGGGUUUCUGUGUGGAUCACAGUCUGGCACAAAAUGAAAGACAGGAAGAAGUCGAGUGGCGGGUUUUUACGUUUCUGAGGUUCUCAUUAUUUCGGCGGCGUGCUUUUUAUGUUCGUUAAAGUGCCUUCGGUAAAGAUGAAUACGCGCACACGAUCAGAUAACUACAUGAACAAAUCGGAGAUGAUGGAACAAUGCUAGCAUGCCGUUUUUAAAGACUAUGACAACGGACAAUUCUGUGGUUUUUCGAUUUAUUUUCCUAAUACAGUUUUGUUAAUAUAUUGCAGUUAUUUUUGCUGUAUUUGUUUCUUAAUUUCAAAAUAUUGACAUGUGACCUUAAGGAUGAAAAAAGUGCCAGUGGCUAGAAGUAAGCAGAAGUGUUGAAUCCUAGAUCAGGGGAAUUUAAUUUUAUUAGGUUAGAUCAUUGCUCUUGGGCAAUCACUACUUUCACAAAAAGUUUGUAAGGAGUUUAAAAUUUGAACUGCUUUUUUGUUGUUGCUAGGAGCAAGUCUAAGCACAGCUAUCCAAUCAAGUUUUAGCAAAAUGCACACGGAAAGAUUUGAGGUGUUACUGUCUGCUGUCUAAUCCUAAACAUUAGAGAUGGAUGGAGGUUGCGUUUGGGCUACAACGCUGUUCACGGGGCCUGUGCUAGCGUCGCGAGAUAAUUGCUAGCAAGGGGAUAGGCAACGCACAAUGCAACAAAAUACCUGAAAUGCAGCCGAACACUUUCCAGUAGGCAUGUGCUGAUAUAAAAUUUUAUUUUUCAUUUGUCUGCUUUAAUCACCGUUUGCAAUAAUAGUACCCUGUUGUAUUUUUUUAUUUCACUACAAAAAAAAAAAAUUGUACCUCAGUUGGGGCACGAGUUCAGCCCACUGUUUUUUCAAAGUUAAAAUUUUAUCGCACAUACUGAGAGCUAUCACGGAAUAUAAAUUUAUUAAGCAAUUAAGCACAUUAAGCAAUUUUGGUUAAACAAGGCUUUACUGAUAUGUCAUUUCGUCAAACUCCUGUGAAGUCCUAUAAACUGCAAAACCUGAAUAUAUGACAUUACCACGUCUAACGUCUUGUUUAAGACAGUAAGAAAAGUCGAUAACAAGUAAAUCCAGAGUGAUACAACUGUUUCACCUUGAUGGAAAGAGAUUGCAUGUUUGAAUACUGAGGGUGCCAUAAUAAUUGCACUCUGUAAAUAAAUUGGCCAUGUUUUCUGAAGACGUUAAGAAAAACACUGGGUCUCAUUACUCAGUGUUCGUGUAAAAUUGUGUGUAAAUAUCUUCAUAGGCCAGACCGAACAAAUUUACAAAAGUUUUACAUUUAGCCACGCCCACAAUACUCCUUAAAAGGCAAAGUUCACAGAGAGCUGAAAAUGACAAAAUGGCGACUAAACGGUGAAAGCGUGCCUCCUAAACACGACAUGCGUUAGUGACGUAGCUCAGCCGCUGCGGUGCGUUGGCUACCACAGACGCGCACUAACGCUUCCUCCUUUUAUAGAGCGCCGUUACUUUUAUUCUAACUGAACACUUUUUCAUUCAAUCCUUGUGUAUAAUUGAAACAAAUAAGCGAUUCAAACAUGACUUCUAUAACUUUUCAUCAUCAAAUAUACGUUUUGAAGCCAAUCAAUCGACGUUCACAUUAGUGAGUCUCCUUAUGCGUAAAUUUUGCACAAAAAUUGCACAAACUCAGAGCUUUUGUAGGAUCGUAGGACGCGAACGUUUUUCCGAACUAAUUAAAUUUUCGCGAACGGCGCAUUUCCUGUAUAUACGCUCCUGCGAAUGAUUUACGAACGAAUUGGUUUGUAUUCAGCUUAUAAGUGAGGCCGUUAUUACUGAUUCAUUGGCGUGAUUUUUAAAAAAAUACAGAUUUGUGAAACCUUUAUCGGCAAAGCCCUAAUUUAUUUAUUGGCGCAUGCCUACUUGUGUAUUUACAUUUACAUACAUAAAGGGAGUAUUGUCAUACUUUUGAUCACUUUAGCCCCAUUCCAGUGACUUCUCCUAGCUUUGGUGGAGUUUCACAUCACGUUACACUGUGCAGUGCUGUGCAGCAAUACAGCGAAACCUCGAAUUCAUGACAUUUCAGCCCAACAGCACAAAAUAUCAUUUAAGAGAAUACAGUAAAGGAAUCAUAAGGGAUCUUUUUUUUUUUUUUUUUUUUUUCCCUCCAACAGCGAAGCAUUUAGCCCAGUAAUUACUGUGAAUGAUUUGUAUUUGUUCUAAGAAGAGUUUUCUAUUAAUUGUUUCCUUAAUCUUUUCUGAAGUAGGAUGAAAGCAUUCUCUGAAGCACUUCAGACGAUGAUAAAAAAAAACACUUCAAUAUUUAUGUCGGACAUAGGACAUGUCCUGUUUGAGUGGGAUUGAUUUCUCGGAUCGUGCCAGUAGCGUUUAGUGUUUGGUGGCCUUGGUUGGAACCUUUCUGCUGUAUCUGUGUGUUUCCAGUCAUGCCAUGUGAUAAAAUGGGUUGCUCUCUUUGGUGGAAUUGAAUUUCCUUAUUUUCUUUCUCUAGUGCCUUUUGUUUUUCUUUUCUUUUUUUCCCCCCGAGUGUCAGAAAGUGAUGCUGUUGGUCACUGUGUGGUGGAAUUGUGCAAAAUGCAUUCUGACUGCUUUCUCUUAAAGUCUUUUUCUCUUCGCUCAGUUCUCUCCGUAGUCUUUCUGCCUCUUCUGCCACUUUUGUUCCCCCCCCUUUCAAUCAGUCCACAAGGGAAUAAUCUUUUUUACGGCAUUACCUUUGAAUCAUGUAGCAGAUUAAGAGCUGAGGAAGUCACGUAUUUGCGUCGUUACAUUUGUUCUUUAGCACAGCGUCUUAUGAGUGAGGAAGAAUCCAGUCCAAGCUUGAGCAGUUGAAGGUUGAAGGACUUGCAGAUGGGUUCUCUGCCGUCACCAUCAAAAAUCUGCUGGUCUGGAAACAGGAACGUCAGAGCUUGGUUGCCGUGCCGACUGCACAACCCAAUCACUAACCACCGUUUGAAAAAUGUGGAAAAUGCACAGGGACUUUGAAGAUUAUUUGAAGAUUAUUCAUGUAAAAAUACUAAACAAAUUUUUACAAUUGCUGCAUCUCACUAAUUUCUAAGUACGAAAUAAAACACUCAUUUACUUUUAAUGAAACAAUUUAGUUCCUUGUGUGACAAGAAACACUUUACCUCUGAGUGUUACAAAGUGCUGACACUGGAGACUCCUUCUGUAAAUGUCUCAAUGCAGAAUCCUUCACAUCAAUAAUUAUAUGUUUUUUUUUACUUUUUGUUAAAUAACAGCACAGUUUCAAAAUCUGUAGCCAUCUUGGUUCGGUGGUUCUUACAAAGCUUCACACGUUCCUCGGUCCAGCAGCAGAUCCAAGUGAUGGUGGUUAACUGUAGCUCUCUGGCAGUCCUGGGAUUUGAACCCACAACCUUCUGGUGCCAAGCACUGCAUUAUGACAAUAAACUCAUUACAUUCGCUGCUGACUUGAAGCAGAAGGUCCUGAGACUUUCCCUUUCUUUUCGUCUCCGAAAAUGAUCCAGUGCCUUUUUUUUUUUUUUUUUUUUCUUUUUUCCUCUAGCACUUUCUCAUAAAUGAAAUAAAUCGUAUCGCAAGACCUUUUAUUGUGCGUUUAACUUCCAGCUACAUGGAAAUAGAAAAAAAAAAAAAAAAGAUCAACACUGUGUAUCUUGAUAUGGAAAUAACUUGGGAUGGAAAAGGGAUUUCUUUCUUUCUUUCUUUAAAAAAAAAAAAAAAAAAAAAAAAAAAUCGAUUUAUUGUAUGGUGCACUGCUUUCGACCACGCCACACUAAAGUCUGAGUCACUCCAGAUGUUAUGUAUCACACCAUCAGCAAGAAAAUGUUUAAAAAAAAAACUAAAGAAAAAAAAAAAACAAUGCGAGCUGACAGUAUUUAAACUUAAUUACUCAUUCAUGCCUAGCUAUGUGUUAGAUUUUUUUUUUUUUUUUUUUUUUUUGAAGUACCAAAAUAUGAAUUUGUAUGAUGUUAAAUGGAGACUAAUGAGACAGUUAGAAUGUUUGGUGCGCCGUUUUCACUCCAACUCCCCCGUACCCAUGAGCACUUGCUACAGCUCUGAUACCCUGUAGAGGCUAAAGGGAAUAAACUUGAGGUUGUGUUCCAGUACUGAUUUUACCACUCCAUCGCUGACUUUCACCCUGCGGGAAUCCAUUUAUCCCUACUGAGAUCUUGACCUCUGACCCUAAAUGGAGUAAUUUCCAGUGGCUGAAGUUUGCUUCUUGCAUGUAAGGGAAGUAUUACGUAUAGGCUUAUAAACUAACAUGCACACGAUUCCAACCUCAAGCUUAAAGAGGGCCACGUCCUCUAUCGCAGUCUGAUGCUGGUGGGAGAGAGACGUCAAAUUACGUGCUGAGGAAAGCUUCAGUGUUUUUAGUUCUGUUACUCGAUUUUGUCUGUUUUUUAGAUAAGUGACGUUAAAUGACGUUUUUGUGUCGGUUUGAGGGCCGAGGGAUCGAGUCAGGACCGAUGCUGACUUUAGAAACAUGAGAUGAUUAUGGAGUAACAAGAAAAUGCAUUCAGGUCGUCUUCUGUAGGCGACACAAUGGUGAACACCAUGACUUUUUGUUAUUGGCACUCGGAAAGUCUGCGUUUGUAGAAAAUUGUGUAUUCCUGAGCGUAGUUUCCUGUAUCACUGUAGCAAGGCAUCAAAAUCGUACAUUCUACGUCUAAACCGUAAAAAUCUUGGCAGGUCUGACUAAGCUUACUUUGGGUUUUAUGGCGCCGACAACUCCUUAUGUUUUUCCCAGCGAGUUGUCAGGUGAACCAACAGCCAUACUAGCUAGUCAGUUAUGACCGUUUACAGAGUUUGAAGUAAUUUCUUUGUUCCUGCUAACAUUUCAGUCCAUGUUACUCACUCCAGUCCUUUUCCUCAAGCUACUCACGUGGUACGGGGGAAGUCAGCGAUGGUAUGUCAGAAACAGUAUUGGGACACAGCGUACGUGUAAAAUUGUAAUUGUAACUGUAAUAAGAGGAGAAGCUAGCGUGCUAGCUGGGAAACCAGCUAGCAAACCAACUUAGAAGAUAUUUUAAUAAAAUAAAAUCGCUCCCAUUGAUGAGUCUAAGGGGCGUAAUUUUAGCGGGAAUUUCAAUUCAUUUAAUCCAGAGAGGAGAAAUCAGUAGAAAAGUCGUGCCUUUAUGUUGGAAGCUGAUUAUUUAUCUUAAAGAUGAAUAUGUGUUUGAAAAAAAUGGAUUAGGUUUUGGCGUGGUACCAAAGGUGAAAAAAAUCAAAAAUGUGCCAUCAAAUCUACCUUUUUAAUGAGUAUUAUAUAUUUGCCAUAUGGGAGGAUGUUAUUAUGUGAACCAAAGAGAUCUGACAGAAAUUUAUUUUGCCUUCGAUGUUUAUUUUUUUGUGUGUAGUAUAUGUCACAUGUUUGAAUAUGAUUUUAUUAUUAUUAUUUUUCUGUGCACAUUAUACAUUUAAUCCAUACAUGAGCAUAAUCUGUAUACAUUUGCACAAUUCACUUUGUAUGUACAUAUCCAUAUGUAUUAAUGUCUUUUUUUUUUUUUUUUUUUUUUUUUUUGAAAAUUUCAAGAUUGAAAAUAACGUGCAUGUGCCAGAUUUGGAGAGCAGGAAAAAAAAAAACAUGAAAAAGAAAAAAAAAAAAAAAAAGCUAUUGUCACUGGUGUGUUGGUGUGCGGUUGUGAUUUCUUUGAGUGUGUGUGAGAUGAUGUCAGCUGGAAGAAGACAAAAAUAUAUAAAUGGGAAAAGGGUGUAUAUUUGUUAUUUGUUACUUUAAAGGCACAUUAGAUGUUUUUUUUUUCCAGUUAAUUUUCUCUUAAAUAAUUUUAGAAAUUGGAUUGAAUUUUUUUCCCUCAAUACAGCUAUUGUUUAGAUUUCUUUUUAUUCCUUUGCUCAAAGAUUAAUCAAGGAAAUUGACCUCGCAUGGCAUCUUUAAAAGUAUUGAAUGCAUUCCAGAGCAGUAAACUGUGUACAUUUAGAUAUUUCUCGCUGUUCAGAAAUGCUUGAAGCCUGUUCAUUCACUGUCUUUCAGUCUUUUACUUUCAAUAACUGCGAAGCUGCAGGAGGAUUAUUAGGGGGCCAAGCACCAAUGUUGGGCUUGUGUGUUUUGAUAAUGAUACGGGAGGAGAAAUGUGCCGUGACAGUCUGGAUUUAUAACCUAGAAAUCUGAAUUUUUCAUUCCUUUAUUUGAAUUUGUAAGUGAGGUUUUGUAGUUGAAACUCAGUUUUAUGAAUGAAAUUCAACUUUAUAAUCAUCAGGUGGAGAAAUUUCAAAUUUAAGUAUUUUGUGGCACCAAACUGUUAAAACGUUACGUCCGGCGUGUGUGGAUUUGCUUGCAGCCAGUGAUGUUUUAAAAAUUUGACCUAAGAACUGAAUUUCAAACAGAUUGUGCCACAAAAUUAUUUAAAUUUUUUAUUACAAUCACUACACAUGAUAUAUGUGUAGUGAUUGUAUGAUAUAUAUUUCUGUCCUAACACGCAAAUUCAAGCAAUAAGAUUGCAAUUUUGAUGUAAUUCGACUAAAAGAAUUACUCGUAUGAAAAAUUGAAAUAACGGCAUUAAAAUUCAGACUUUGAAAUUCAUUUCUCGUUCCACGUCACUAGGGCCUGUUUUAAUCAUCUUCCUGUGGAUUUUAAACUCGAGAGCGCAUUUCCUUGAUUUCUUCCUGUAACGAGAAGAAAAAGCGCAAGGUACGGAAAGCCAUGGAAUAAAAUUUCAGUUUGAUGAUUUUAAAUAAUAGCGUAAAAGUUCCUUUAUUUAUCGAUUUGAAAUUCAGAUUGUCGUGGCACAUUUUCCGUCCGUAACGUCAAUGUGUUAUGAUCAAAGCAUCCGCGAGCCGCCUUGGAAAUAAAUCAUACAGUUUGUUUAUACAGUGUUAGAAAAAAAUUAUCUUUAAUUGAAAUCAUUAGGAAAAUAAAAAUGGAUCAAGAUGUCGUAUUCGUAGCCGUUCUGUCGAUAACAAACACAAAAUGCGAUGCUUCUUCUGAACCGAAUCUCAGCUCGCUCAGUACUUCCUACGUAGAUCGAUCUAUCUAUCUAUCUAUCUAUCUGUGUGGUGUACUCAAUAAGUGUUUAAAAGCGCGCACUUUACAGUAUUAUUUAGAGAAAAUAAGGCGUUU